UUCGGGCACAUCAAAAACAUCCAAUUGAUCAAGAACCUAACAUUAUUACUGUUCUUUCACCCAUGUUACAGUGAGGAGCAAGUCGAGAUUCGGGGCAGAUACAAAAUGCGUCUAUUAUGAACUGCUUGGCUUUGCGAUGUGCUGGCCCUCAGGCAACACAUCGAAACCACUCUGCCCGAGAUCGACGGGCAGAAUCGCAGUCUCAUCAACACCGCUGGCCAGAAGCCCUUCGGACUCCUCCACAUCGGUGACCGUCACGAUCGCGGGACGCAAGAACUUGGGAGGUUGGAUGAGGUUGUUGAACACAAACUAGAAAUGUAUCAGGAUGAUCGGGAUCAGGCUAGCGCAUGAACUCACGGUUCCGUAGCUAGAGAACAUCCGCGAAAAUCCGAGAAUUUGGAGCAACGAGACCGGAAAGACCAGUUUCUCCCAACCAAGCAU